GCCCCCGGCGGGUCCGGGACGCGGCCCGGGCGCGACGCGCCCGGCCGCCCGCCAGCGAGCGCCGCAUGGCGGACGCCGGCGCCGAGGGCGCGGCCGGCCACAUCCAGCUGAAGGUGAAGGACCAGCAGGGCAGCGAGGUUCAGUUCAAGAUCAAGAAGUCCACGCCCCUCCGUAAGCUGAUGGACGCCUACUGCAGCCGCCUGGGCCUCCAGGCGUCGCAGGUCCGCUUCAUGGUGGACGGCGAGCGCAUCGCCCCGGACGACACCGCGGAGAAGCUGGGGCUGGAGGACGAGGACCUGAUCGACGUGGCCAUGGAGCAGACCGGGGGGGGGCGCUGA